CUUCUCUUCUCUUCCCUCCUCACACCGUUUGGUCCCUUGAUGCUAGUACUGUGAUUUAUCACUUUGCGUUCCCUCAAGCCCAUUCGUGUUUAGCUCGGCUUUUAUAGCUUCUGCUUCCGCUGCCUUGUCCCUUUCUUUUCUUCCACCUCGCCUUCUCCUUACCCUUCUUAUCCGUUUUUUGACCAGGUAUUUCAGAUGACUCACCUCUGGAUACCUGGGUUGCCCUACAAGAAGGCUCCCGUAGCCGACCGGUUCAAGUCGAGUGCGCCAUUUCUUUCGUUUCCCACGGCACACACGGCGCGCUUCGUCUUUCGCCGGAACUACGAGAACACCUCUUCCCGCUCCUUCCAGACAGUCUCGCCCCCCCGAACUGUCGUCCGCUCUCUCCUGCCAGUCUCGACUGGUGUCCGUUCCCUCCCCCGCAAGUCAGCUUCGCCUGACGUCCGUUCUUUUGCCCAGUUGCGACAGGGCUCGCAACUGCCGGUCUCCGUGAGACCAUCCACUCCUUCCCCUGCUUCCCCACCUGUCCCAGCUGCCACUGGGGCAGGGCGUUCGCUAACAGGCUCCGUCCUUUCCUCUCGCUUGGAGGAAAGGCGGGCUUCUCGACAGGCACGCUCUCGGCCUUGGGCUGCUACACCCAAGGUCGAGGGGCACAAGAAGUCCCCCGAGGGACACCGGUCGACAACCCGCCCUUCCCCCCGAGUCGAACGAGCCUCUGGUCCGUACACCCGGGCUAUUCGCAGCCCACAUAUGGCGGCACGUACUCGACGAGCGCUCAGGCGGAUCGACGAGGUUCUUGCUAAGCCUGCCCUGGUCAAGGCUGGGGCGGGUGAACGUAAGGCCAAGUCCGUGAAGUCGGUUCGUUUCGGCGAGGACACCAUCAUCCCUGUGUCCUGUUGGAUAGUUCGGCGCGAGCAUGUCUUUCCUGCCCCACUGGCGGCCAUGGGUCACCUGCAAGGUUGGAAAGUCACUCCUCGUGCGGAGCCAGACGAGGAGGGUGAGAUGGAAAAGUACACCACAUACUGGGGUUCAGACUCAUAUGUGAUGCUUGACAUCCACUCUGCCUCGGAGCCAUGCGGACGUGACGGAUGCCAAUACCAGCGCCUGGCUAGCAUUGCUGCCAGGAGGCCAGGCUGGGGUCCGGCCACGGUCUUCUUGGCUUGGAACAUGCUGAGAGAGAAGGUCCGGCAACGUGGUGGAUUCCGGCUUCGUCCUUUCAUUCUCGCUUUUCCUUUGUCAGCGUCUGUUCUGGACUGGCUCUGGUCUGUUUUGGGGGAAACAGACCAUCCAGGUUAUGCUGAUCGGGUAGCAGAUGCUGGCGUGUAUCCUGCUGUGGUAUUGGUGGCGCAUUAUGCACCGAAGAGAGGAUUCUGGAGCGAGGGUUCCCUAACCACGAGGGGUAAUGACGCAACCUUCUCCCGACGAACGAGACGGACGAACGAGACGGACGAACGAGACGGACGAGACGAGACGACGCCGAACGACGACCGACCGACGACGACACCGACGACGACACGACGACAACCGACGGAGCUACACCGGGCGGCUAAUUACGCUUCACCGGAAGCGAAAGAAGACGGAAUAUUCCCAAUCAUGCGGAUGUACUGGGAGGGAAUGUUUCGUCUUGGGUUGAGUUUGGUGGCUGGUGACGGAGAGGUUGGAGAUCAGGGAGAUUGUUGAUCAGGAGGAUAGCUGGACUGAGUCCAAGCGGAGUGAAGUGGGAUGGUAUUGUUAGUAGAUAGUUCAAAGACCAUGGCAUCAUGGCACAUUUGCUUGGGUUUAUGGCGUUGGGUCACGGUUCAUUAUUAUCUUUCUUUUGUUCAUUUCAUAUGACCCGGGCGUUUGGUGUUGGUUUGGCUUUUUGUUUUUCAUUUCCUUUUGUUUGUUUUAUUGUUGAUGAGCAGGGAUUCCUGUCUCUAGUUUGCUGCUUCUUUUUUCUGGAAUGGAUCGUCAUUGCUGUUCC